CUCUGGUUCCAGAAUCAGAGGCUACUCAUAUGCGGAUUUUAUAAUCCUCUUUAGGGGAUUUCAUCCUUUACGAAAAAUGUAUUUAUAGAUAAACAAUGCAGCCUGAAGAAGGAACAAAUGAAACCGUGCAUCGAUCCUUUCUACCAACUAUAAAUGAAACCCUGGCUGAGUUCAAAGGCAAUGAAACCCUGUUAGCCCUCUAUAAAAAUAUCACCAGGAUGAUUGAAAUAUUUCGGCAGAAAGAGUUGGAAGCUUCAGAGGGAUACAGGGACAAGGAUGAGAGCCAGGCCUACCUCUACAUCCUCUUCGUUCUAAUGUUCUACGCCUUCAGUAUCGUCAUCCUCAUGGUCAAAUAUAUCAGGAGGGAGAGGGAGGGACAUAGACUGGACUCCUAUUAUGAAGAAUUUGUUCGACGAAGUUGGUAUACAGAUAAAUCUCUUUACGAUAAAACAGGAAGAAAAGUUAAAACGAAAAUCAUGCGUAAAAAUUCUAAACAGUUAGGUGAAACUGAACCUUUGGAUUCCGAUGAUGAAGAUUAUCUGGAGAAUAUGUAUAAAAACAAGGUUGAACUGGAUUUGUUGAAAGGUCGAGGAGUAACCUCUCUGCUGGCAGGAAAGCUAGCCAAUGGAUUGACCGGAUCGGUAGGAAUCACGAAACCUCUUCCCAGGGUGGAUGAGGAGAAUGAGGUUGAACCUGGAAGGAGAGGAUCUGAAACUGACUCCGAAGGAACGGAUACUGGAUCCCCGGAUAUAGUUUGUAGACUAGGUUUAGCUAAAGACAAGGAAACAAGGAACUACAUGCUCUACCAUAGAGCUAGCCUAGACGAAGCUUUAGAGCUAAAAGAUAUAAAGAGGUUGAGAACUUCUUUCAAGCAGACUCAUCAGAUUUCUACUCUGGAUGAUAUAUCCUCUGAGGAUGAAAGUCUAGGAGACAAGGUCUAGGGAUGGGAUGAGUGGUAAAGAGUGAAUGACAAUAUAUGCAGAUUGGAUUCAAGUUUGUAAAGUUUCGCCCCAAUAUUUCAGAUGAUCAUUAUUUAAACUUUUACAAUUUAUCUAGAAUACUUGGUAGUAAGUUUUUUUUCUUCAAUAAUUUCGCGGAAUUCAGAUAUGGUCUACACAAGUUACAGUAUGCUCAUGGGAGGAAAAGAUAUUUCUAGUUGACUUAUUCCAAAAAUUGUAUUUCAUCACUUAUUAAAAAAAUUUUUUUAAAUUAAAUCUUAAUCAAUUGAUUUUAAUUGAUUACGAUUUAAUAAAGCUUAGCGCUCUAAAAAUAUUUAUAGAAUUUAUUUAAUAAGCCCGGUGCAUAAACACCUUCAUUAUUUAAAGGGUUAGUUAAUGGUUUCUUCAUUUCUGAACAUACAUUUGAUUAGAUCUUUUUAAUUGGUUUAAUUAGUGAAUUUAUGUUAUUGUAUCACUGGUGUGAUAAUUAAAAUAUCUGAAUCUUUUGUCUAUGUUGGCCAUUCAGUAGUUUAGCCAUUCAUCUAGUUUAUUCUUGAAACUAUUCAGGUUCUUUGCAUUUUUCACAUCUUGUGGGAUUUCGUUCCACAUAUUAACACAUCUUGUGCUAAAAUUUUUUUUUUGAUAUAUUUCAGUCUUUACAGCUGGAACUUUCAAAUUUAAAGGAUCACUUGACUGCCUGGUUUGAAUACCCCUUCCUUCUUCUGGUACAUACGCAGGGCUGAACCAUUUGUUUUUGUCCACAUGGUCGUGUCCAUGUAGAAUUUUCCAGACUUGGAUCAUAUCUCCUCGCUUUCCUUUGUUCUCCAGGGAGAUCAGACCAACCUCUUUCAGCUUCUCUUCAUAGGUUGACCCAAAGAGUCCAGAGGUCAUUGUUAUUGCUCUUUUUUGAACCCUUUCUAGAGUUUCUUUGUCUUUUACUAGACAGGGAUUCCAGGCUUGAAUACAGUAUUCAAGGUGGGGCCUGACAUUUUGUACAAUGAGAUCCAUACAGUUUUAUUCCUAUAGGAGAAAGAUCUGGCCAUCUGGCCUAAAAUACUAUUCGCCUUGGCUGCAGCAGUAGCACACUGUUUAGUGGGUUUAAGAUCCUCCUGUAUCAUUACACCAACAUCUUUCUCUUUGUCUGAAACCUCCAGAUUUACACCAUUCAUUUGGUACCCAUAUCUUGGAUUAUUCUUUCCAAUGUGUAUAACUUUACAUUUCGACUCGUUGAAUUUCAUCUUCCAGUCCUGUGCCCAUUAGGUUAAUGCAUUUAAUGAGCAAUGAGCAUAUAUCGAUCUAUUCAUAGUUAUUAAUACUAAUUUACAUUCAAUGUACCCAGGACAGUGAGGAGAAAUGUUUAAAUAUCUUUGUCAAUGUUUUACCAUGUGCUUAAUCGAUUUGAAUGAGGGGGGGGGGGGCAUACGGCCAUGAGCCCAGCAAUAUUCUGUUCGAACCCAGGUAGUUAGCAGAACCCUACUACCCUACCCACAGUGAACUAGGGUCAAUUUAAAUUCGAACGGACCGACCCCUUGUACAUGCCUUAGCGAAGCGCGGCAAAUACCGCCCUGCCCCUUUUCUCUGUCAGCCCGGUUUUAACUUUGAUGUCGCGGUCAGACUUUUUCCAGUACCUAGUCUUUCAUAAACCUGUUUUACCUACCCACUAGCUUAGUUCAGUGUGUGCCCGAACCCCGCGAAUCCUUUUCGUGCCCACCAAGA